AUGAUGACUGAAGAAGAAGAGGAAGCAGGAGCUUCAUUCUCUUUCAGCGAGGAGAAGCUAUUAGUGGAUGAUGUGAAAUUGAUAUCAUGGUGUCCCACAACCGAUCUCGUCUUGCUCGUUUCGCCCACCAACACACUAUCGCUCUAUAGAAGCGGGAUCACUGUUACUCGAGUGUGGUCUAUACAGCAUCAAGUGGAGAGCAAUAUCAAUGUAGUGACUUGGAAGCCAAAUGGAAAAGAGUUUGUGUUGGGUUGCGAGAACGGGGCUGUAUACAAGGUGGAUAUUACAUAUCACACACCAGUCAUCACACCAUGUUGGACACCCACCCAUUCAGAUAACCUACCUAUUCUGUCGCUUGUGUGGAUCAAUUACGAAUUCAAAAAGAAGCAGAUGGAUAUCGACGGCUUUGACAUCAAUGCCUUUGAUUUGGAAGAAGCGCUGCCAACACUGAGUGAAGAGCCUCCAGAAGAGCCAUUAUCCCGCAUGCCAAUGUCAAAACCCAAGAAGAUACGACUACCAGUAAAGCCUCUGAAACAGAGCGAGACGCAAUCAUUGCUCUUUGCAGGUGAUGCCAAAGGGCAAAUUCAGGUCAUAUUAAACGGUAUUUAUCCUAUCGGCUCAGUAGCAUUGGUGGAUCCCUACGUCAAGAUUCAGCUGGAUGCACUGGAGAUAUCAGCAGCACAAAACAUAGCCUCGCUGCAAAUCAUCACAAAGCCUCGAUCCAAUUCACCUGAAUUUGUGUCAUAUACACUCGAUACCCAGAUACUAGAUGACCGCAAAGAAGAAAUCCACAGCAUCUCUCAAGUACAGACACAGCUAAACUAUCUGUUGCAAUAUACCAAAUCUACAUUGGAUGUAGUAAAACGACAUCACGAUGCUUAUUCAGGGUUCACAAAGGCCAUAGUAAGGCAGGCAGCGAAUUACAUUACUAAUCACAAUGAGGACACAUCAGCCAUGCCAGAGGUAGAGCUCUUUGCCACACUAGCGACGGGCAAUGUCACAGAAUCAUUGCAAGAGUUCUUCACCGAAUACUUGACUUCGCAGCGUAUCAAACAAUGGGAAUCCAACGUAAAGCACGGCUAUCAUAAUUCCCUUGUAAUCAUCUGUGAGCACAUUUUACCAGCAUGCGAGAGAAUACAGAUGCAACUGUGCAAGUUGUUAGGUUACAGUCUAUGGACACAACGUUAUGGUGAUUUUCUCAAAUCUGAAGCAGUGGAAAAUUGCAUUGACAAAGCCCGUAAACUGGUUUCUGAGACUUUUGAUUACUCCAAAGCGUUGGGUAGCUUGAUCAAGAGCUUUGAGGCAUUUUCGAAAUGGAUUGCUAUUGUAUCUCAAAAGAUAUACGACCCUGAUUCUGUUGAAUUUGAGCACCAAUCCAUCCUAUGCGAGGAUCCUGAGCUAGUAGCUGAUUUUCUGGAAAAAAACUUUGUUGACGAUGCGCUAGAUGUCUACUUUAGUCAGGAGGCCAAGAAUUUGACAUUCUUAUUAUCGCAACUGUCUGAUAUCUGCACAGAGAUGCUCAAGAGACCUUCAGAGAUUGUUUCUACAAAGAUGCAGGUCGUGUCAACCAAUAAAGUGCGAUUGAAUGGCGUCUCUAUACAGGCACAGCCUCGACAAAAGUUAAUCUCGUAUACAGCUAUGGAAGAUGGCCACCAGAUCAUCUAUUACGCCAUGUUGCAGACAAAGCCGGAAGCUCAGUUAAUGAUUCUCAAGAGAAAAUUUGACAAUUCAUUGCUGAAAUAUGUUGCUUACAACUUGGAUGGAGAUAUCACAGAUUUCGAAUUCUUUGAUGAUAAGGAAAUUGGCGUGCUCACACAGAUAGACAAGGGAACCACAGUACUUCGAGCCAUUUCACUUACACAUGCCAAUUUCCAAACACUCUCUCACAGCAAGCUCAGUUCAUCUGACAUGCCAAGCAUGCGCUCUCAGCAACUAGACAGAAUGAUUCAGGUCAAGUUAGGAUGCAAUGGAGCGCCUCGUAGACGAAUCUUGUCUGUCGUUGCUUCCAAUGGAUUGCUCAAGGUGUAUUUUAUGGAUAAAUCAGAAGAUCAAGAUGACAGUAGCGAGGAAGAAGAGGAGGAACAAGCGUAG